ACAGAGUGCCAGAGCAGGAGAAGGAGGAGGAAAAGGCAGGCUGCCACAGGAGGACAAUGCCAUCCUCCAUCACCUGGGGCCUCCUCCUGCUGGCAGGUCUGUGCUGCCUGGCCCCCCACUCCCUGGCUAAUGGUCUCCAGGGAGAUGCUGUCCAGGACACAGUUGCAUCCCAGCACGAUCAUGAGGAGCACCACCAGGAGCCAGCCUGCCACAAGAUUGCCCCAAACCUGGCUGACUUCGCCUUCAGUAUGUACCGCCAGGUGGCUCGUGAGUCCAACACCACCAACAUCUUCUUCUCCCCCGUGGGCAUCACUACAGCCUUCGCCAUGCUCUCUCUGGGGGCCAAGGGUGACACUCAUGGCCAGAUCAUGGAGGGCCUCGGUUUCAACCUCACUGAGAGAGCAGAGAGUGAGGUCCACGAAGCCUUCCAGCAACUCCUCCGCAUCCUUAACCACCCAGACAACCAGCUGCAGCUGACCACUGGCAAUGGUCUCUUCAUUACUGAGGGUAUAAAGCUACUGGAUAAGUUUUUGGAGGAUAUCAAGAACCUGUACCACUCAGAAGCCUUCUCUACCAACUUCGGAGACACUGAAGCGGCCAAGAAACAGAUCAAUGAUUAUGUAGAGAAGGGAACCCAAGGGAAAAUUGUGGAUUUGGUCCAAGAUCUUGACAAAGACACAAUUUUUGCUCUGGUGAAUUACAUUUUCUUUAAAGGCAAAUGGGUGAAGCCCUUCGAGGAGGAACAUACCACAGAGGAGGACUUCCACGUGGAUGAGCACACGACGGUCAAGGUGCCCAUGAUGAGCCGCCUGGGCAUGUUCGACAUCUAUCACUGCGACAAGCUGUCCAGCUGGGUGCUGCUCAUGGACUACGUGGGAAACGCCACCGCCAUCUUCAUCCUCCCUGACCAGGGCAAGAUGCAGCAGCUGGAGGACAUGCUGACCAAGGAAGUCCUGGCCAAGUUCCUGGAAAACAGACACACCAGGUCUGCCAGUUUACGUUUGCCCAAACUGUCCAUUUCUGGAACCUAUGAUCUGAAAACCGUCCUGAGCAAAAUGGGCAUCACCAAAGUCUUCAGCAACGAGGCUGAGCUCUCGGGGAUCACGGAUCAAGCGCCCCUGAAGCUGUCCAAGGGGCUGCAUAAGGCUGUGCUGACCAUUGACGAGAAAGGGACAGAAGCUGCUGGGGCCAUGUUUCUGGAAGCCAUCCCCAUGUCGAUGCCCCCAGGUGUCGACUUCAACAGCCCAUUCCUUAUCAUCAUCUACGAUAAAAACACCAAGAGCCCCCUCUUCGUGGGAAAGGUAGUGAACCCCACCCAAAAGUAACUGCCUUUUGGGUUUGGCUCCCUCCCGAGAUGACAUUAAAGAGUGACCCGGCCCAGGCUCAA